CCUGUUGAGUUGGCUCGCAGGACGGGACUUCCCUCGCUAGUUGAGCUGUGCAUCUGGAGGAGCAGGACACCGAUGUAGAGCAAAGAGCAGCGCACAGAGCAGAGCACAGAGCAGAGCGCAGAGCACAGAGCAGAGCACAGAGCAGAGCACAGAGCAGAGCACAGAGCAGAACACAGAGCAGAACAUAGAGCAGAACAUAGAGCAGAGCACAGAGCAGAACACAGAGCAGAGCACAGAGCAGAGCACAGAGCAGAGCACAGAGCAGAACACAGAGCAGAACACAGAGCAGAACACAGAGCAGGACACAGAGCAGAACACAGAGCAGAACAUAGAGCAGAGCACAGAGCAGAACACAGAGCAGAGCACAGAGUAGAGCACAGAGUAGAGCACAGAGUAGAGCACAGAGCAGGACACAGAGCAGAGUGGGACGUAGAUUGGGAUGCGCUCAUGAGCCGAAUCGGGAGCAAUGGGAUGGGGCCCAGCACCCGAAGAAAGAGCCUGGGUGACAUCAUCCUGGGAACAGUGCAUUCGCUGCGGAAGCAGGAUGGAAGGAUCCCCCGCCUGUCUGAGCAGCUAGAACCCCCACCGUUCCCGCCAUCAGCCUUCUGCACCACCCCCCCCCUCCUGAAGGGCUGCAGAAUGGAUGGAGACAGAAGCAGCCUUCCACCUCCUCUCAAAACUGAGGAAGACUACAUUCCGUACCCCAGUGUACAUGAGGUGUUGGGUCGUAAAAGCCCCUUCCCUCUGAUCCUGCUGCCCCAGUUUGGGGGCUACUGGAUUGAGGGGACCAAUCAUGAGCUAGGGGAAGCCCCCAAUCCUGAGCACAUGCCCUCAACCCCAUCUCGCGUUCAGCUGGAAACCAACACCACUGCCAUGAUCUACAGGAAGAACUUCCUUGGCAAGGAACACUUUAACUUCUACUCCAUGGACAGUGUGCUGGGGCAUCUGGUCUUCUCCGUGCGGUAUGAUGUCAUUGGGGACCAGGAGCACCUCCGGCUGAUCCUGAGGUCAAAGUUGAAAACCUAUCAGGACGUGAUCCCCAUAUCCUGCCUGACGGAAUUCCCCAACGUGGUGCAGAUGGCCAAGCUGGUGUGUGAGGAGGUGAAUGUGGACCGAUUCUACCCUGUCCUGUACCCAAAGGCCUCCAGGCUCAUUGUUACCUUUGACGAGCACGUUAUCAGCAACAACUUCAAGUUUGGGGUCAUCUAUCAGAAGUUUGGGCAGACUACCGAAGAGGAGCUGUUUGGGAACAGUGAGGAGAGCCCCGCCUUUGUGGAGUUCCUGGAGUUCCUGGGACAGAAGAUCCAGUUGCAUGACUUCAAAGGAUUCCGCGGCGGGCUGGACGUGACUCACGGACAGACAGGCACCGAGUCGGUCUACACCCUCUUCCACGACAAGGAGAUUAUGUUCCACGUGUCCACCAAGCUGCCGUACACUGAGGGGGACGCCCAACAGCUGCAGAGGAAACGCCAUAUAGGAAAUGACAUCGUGGCCAUCGUGUUCCAGGAGGAGAACACGCCCUUCGUGCCCGACAUGAUCGCGUCCAACUUCCUGCACGCGUACGUGGUGGUGCAGGUGGAGCAGGGCUGCUCUGGCAGUGCACUGUAUAAGGUGUCUGUGACUGCGCGCGAUGACGUGCCUUUCUUCAGGCCAGCUCUUCCAGAUCCCGCCAUCUUCAGAAAGGGAGCAGAGUUCCAUGAGUUCUUGCUGACGAAGCUCAUCAAUGCAGAGUGUGCCUGUUACAAAGCAGAGAAAUUCGCCAAACUGGAGGAGCGCACUCGGACUGCCCUGCUGGAGACUCUGUAUGAGGAGCUUCAUCUGCACAGCCAGUCCAUGAUGGGCCUGGGUGACGAGGACAGGCUGGAGAACGGGGCCGGCGGGGGCGGCGGCUUCUUCGAGUCUUUCAAGGUAAUCAGGGGCGGGGCCUCCAUGCCAUGGAUGCUGGGCUCAGUUCACAGGAAGCCAAACGUGGUCUCCACCAGCCUCAGUGGCAGCUUUACCCACAAUCCUUCAGAGGCCCACGACUCCUGGCAUAUAUCUGUAAUCAUCCCCGGGAAAAGUCCAACACGGAAGAAAUCUGGAGCCUAUAACUCCCGGAGGAGCAGUGCUAUUGGCAUUGAGAACAUUCAGGAGGUGCAGGAGAGGAGGGAGUGCUCCCCCAGCAUGCAGAAGACUCCAGACAGUGGCCACGUGUCGCAGGACCCUAAGUCUGAGAACUCGUCCAAUCAGAGCUCGCCUGAGAUGCCCACCACAAAGAACAGGGCUGCUUCUAUCCCAGAGGCUGCUGACCUCUCCCACUCCUCCAGUGGCAGCAGCUUUGGGAGCGUGGUGGAGGAGAACCUGAACGAGCCUGGGGAGGAGUACGACACUGCACUGGAGAGUCUCUCUUCUGUGGGGACUCCACACAAGCAGGAUGCGUUUAUCUACGGCUCAUGGGCGGCACACAGUGGCAGCAGCAGCCCUGCAGUGACGAGGACCGCACAACCUGAGGCCUGCACCAAGCCGGACCAGCCACUGAACUGCUAGCCCCUCUCACCAGACUGCUUCAUGGAUGCCCAUCAACAGCAUUCCCAUAUGCAUUCCCGACAGCAUUCCCUCUCAGAGAACAGAUGCUCCUGGGUUUUUGGGCACCAUUGAGGAUGAAGAUGAAGAUGAGGAGGAUGAGGGGCAGUUUGUCAGGCAGGAGUGAGCCCUGAGACUAUGGGCCCCCUUGCGACCUUCGCUGUGCCAGUCCAUUUACCUCUGCCCUGCGUCAGGGCGGGGCUUCCUGUGUUCCUCCUCACCAGGCCACACUCCUCCCUUCUUCCUGUCAUUUUUGUGUGGUAACCUCUUUCCCCGGGCCCGUCCCGAGCUGCAGGUGUCAGCGUUCUCACAGGAGUCAGGGCACGGCCUUGGGAGCUGCAGAACGCCACUAUAGAUCCUGCAGCAACGCUGGGCAGUGUUCAGCGAUGUGCAGUGCUCAGUGAUGUGCAGUGUUCAGCGAUGGGCAGUGUUCAGCGAUGGGCAGUGUUCAGUGAUGUGCAGUGUUCAGCAAUGGGCAGUGUUCAGUGAUGUGCAGUGCUCAGCGAUGUGCAGUGUUCAGCGAUGGGCAAUGUUCAGUGAUGUGCAGUGUUCAGCGAUGGGCAGUGUUCAGUGAUGUUCAGUGAUGUGCAGUGCUCAGCGAUGUGCAGUGUUCAGUGGGAUCUGAGCAAGGGAGACAAGCUGAGGGAACAACAAAACCCAAACGCAGCACAUAACAGAACCCAGCACAUUACCGUACCCAAACCCAGCACAUUACAGAACCUAAACCCAGCACAUUACAGAACCCAAACCCAGCACAUUACAGAACCUAAACCCAGCACAUUACAGAACCCAAACCCAGCACAUUACAGAACCUAAACCCAGCACAUUACAGAACCUAAACCCAGCACAUUACAGAACCUAAACACAGCACAUUACAGAACCUAAACCCAGCACAUUACAGAUCCCAAACCCAGCACAUUACAGAACCUGAACCCAGCACAUUACAGAACCCAAACCCAGCACAUUACAGAACCCAAACCCAGCACAUUACAGAACCCAAACCCAGCACAUUACAGAACCCAAACCCAGUGCAUUACAGAACCUAAACCCAGCACAUUACAGAACAUAGUGCAUUACAGAACCUAAGCCCAGCACAUUACAGAACCUGAACCCAGCACAAUUCAGAACCCAGUGCAUUACAGAACCUAAACCCAGCACAUUACAGAACCCAAAGCCAGCAUAUUGUAGAACCCAGCACAUUACAGAACCCAAACCCAGCAUAUUGCAGAACCCAGCACAUUACAGAACCCAAACCCAGUGCAUUACAGAACCUGAAACACGCACAUUUCAGAACCCAGUGCAUUACAGAACCGUAACCCAGCAUAUUACAGAACCUAGCACAUUACAGAACCCAAACCCAGCACAUUACAGAACCUGAACCCAGCACAUUUCAGAACCCAGUGCAUCACAGAACCUAAACCCAGCACAUUGCAGAACCCAGUGCAUCACAGAACCUAAACCCAGCACAUUGCAGAACCCAGUGCAUUACAGAAGCUAAACCCAGCACAUUACAGAAUCCAAACCCAGCACAUUACAGAACCUAAACCCAGCACAUUACAGAACCCAAACCCAGCACAUUACAGAACCUGAACCCAGCACAUUACAGAACCUAAACCCAGCACAUUGCAGAACCCAAACCCAGCACAUUACAGAACCCAGUGCAUUACAGAACCUAAACCCAGCACAUUACAGAACCCAAACCCAGCACAUUACAGAACACAGUGCAUUAUAGAACCUAAGCCCAGCACAUUACAGAACCUGAACCCAGCACAAUUCAGAACCCAGUGCAUUACAGAAUCUAAACCCAGCACAUUACAGAACCCAAAGCCAGCAUAUUGUAGAACCCAGCACAUUACAGAACCCAAACCCAGUGCAUUGCAGAACCUGAAACACGCACAUUUCAGAACCCAGUGCAUUACAGAACCGUAACCCAGCAUAUUACAGAACCUAGCACAUUACAGAACCCAAACCAGCACAUUACAGAACCUGAACCCAGCACAUUUCAGAACCCAGUGCAUCACAGAACCUAAACCCAGCACAUUGCAGAACCCAGUGCAUCACAGAACCUAAACCCAGCACAUUGCAGAACCCAGUGCAUUACAGAACCUUAACCCAGCAUAUUAAAGAACCUAGCACAUUACAGAACCCAAACCCAGCACAUUACAGAACCUGAACCCAGCACAUUACAGAACCUAAACCCAGCACAUUACAGAACCUGAACCCAGCACAUUGCAGAACCCAAACCCAGCACAUUACAGAACCCAGUGCAUUACAGAACCUAAACCCAGCACAUUACAGAACCCAAACCCAGCACAUUACAGAACACAGUGCAUUACAGAACCUAAGCCCAGCACAUUACAGAACCUGAACCCAGCACAAUUCAGAACCCAGUGCAUUACAGAACCUAAACCCAGCACAUUACAGAACCCAAAGCCAGCAUAUUGUAGAACCCAGCACAUUACAGAACCCAAACCCAGUGCAUUACAGAACCUGAAACCAGCACAUUUCAGAACCCAGUGCAUUACAGAACCUUAACCCAGCAUAUUACAGAACCUAGCACAUUACAGAACCCAAACCCAGCACAUUACAGAACCUGAACCCAGCACAUUGCAGAACCCAGUGCAUCACAGAACCUAAACCCAGCACAUUGCAGAACCCAGUGCAUUACAGAAGCUAAACCCAGCACAUUACAGAACCUAGCACAUUACAGAACCCAGAUUCACUAAAUUAUGCCUUGUGUACUCUAUAAAGCUUUCAAAAUCCUAAUAAUAGAGAGCAUCUCACAUUUAUAAACAUUUCUAGUAUUGCCAUUGUAGGAAAGACAGUCACAGCCUGUGGUCACAGGGAGUCACACACUGCACAAGCCAUGCCUGAAGACUUGUGAUGAAGUUAAAUCAGUUUGAUAUUCGUGCAGGAGUCGCACACUAGCAUAAGACUGGAUGGGGAGAGCUGCGAUUGAGUCAUGUUAAAGGGCCGUCCGAGGCGGGUGUGCACAGCGAUUGUGCAAAUACUGGGGGUUUUCUUAGGAUCUUGAUAACUGCGAAAACUUGACUAAAGAUCCUGUAGCGUAUGCUAGGCAUUAGAGACCCUAAACCAUUAUAUGCAUCCUGUGCAGGUCCGGUGUCAUCAGUCAUAUGACUCUCUGUGUUUGUUAAACGUCUCAGUUCUAAGUGAUUAAUGUUGAAUAUGGAUCAUUGUGGAGUGUUAGUGUUUAUGCAGGUAGUGUGUGGAUAGACACCAUUUGUAAGCUACUGUUGAGUGAUAUGCAAUGUCAGAACGCUUGCUAAACCAAACGUGGUUCUCUGCAGCUAAACUACCAAGCUCAACCUCAGUCAGUACAGUCUGUGAUAUUUGGGGGCAUUUGGAGAAAGUUUUAGUACAAGAAUUCAUUAAUAUUGUUUUUAAUAUCACGAGGAAGUUCUUCACUGAAAGCAAUGGAUUAUGACAGAAUGCAACACUCUGUUCUAAAUGUGUGGCUGGGGCGCAAAGAGACGCUUAUGAAACAGAGCUGCUGUAGGAACAUUGAAACCAUGUUUCACCCGACCUUUUUAUUCCACCAAACAUGAAAAAUAAGAUUCUUUUUUAAUGACGGUCUUUUGUUUUGUGUGAAAGGGUUAGUACAGAUGCCCCCCCCCAUGAGAAACUGUACUGCAGACACACUGUGAUGCCAGUGCUCCCCCCUGUGGUGAAUCUGCACACUGCAUCCUUUAAACAGUAAUACUGUGCAGGUACUGUAUCGUGUGUUCUUUUCAUUUCUAUUUAUUGCUUAUUGUUGACUGAACCUUGUGAUGUACAUAUGGAGAUGAGCUGCUGUUCUGUGAGCUCUGGAGACUGAACUAGCGGCUGGUAGAGUCUGACUAGCGGCUGGUAGAGUCUGACUAGCGGCUGGUAGAGUCUGACUAGCGGCUGGUAGAGUCUGACUAGCGGCUGGUAGGGUCUGACUAGCGGCUGGUAGAGUCUGAGUCUGAAAAGACAGGGCUUGGGAGUGGGUCAAAGGUCAAACCCUGCACACUAAAGAACCGGCAUGGCCAGAACCCCUCUGUGCUGUGUGGGGAACCCCUCUGUGCUGUGUGGGGAACCUCUCUGUGCUGUGUGGGGAACCCCUCUGUGCUGUGUGGGGAACCCCUCUGUGCUGUGUGGGGAACCCCUCUGUGCUGUGUGUGGAACCUCUCUGUGCUGUGUGGGGAACCUCACUGUACUGUGUGGGGAACCUCUGUGCUGUGUGGGGAACCUCUCUGUGCUGUGUGGGGAACCCCUCUGUGCUGUGUGGGGAACCUCACUGUGCUGUAUGGGGAACUUCUCUGUGCUGUGUGGGGACCCUCACUGUGUUGUGUGCUGGACCCUCUCAGCUUUCUGAAAGAGAACACUACCUUGUGUGCUUUUUCUUUGUGGAUGAACAUAUUAUCCACAAUGGACAUUUUAUUUGUGAGAUGGACAGAAGUAGAAGCAGGCGAGAGAAAGCGCGAGGGAUAGAGAGAAAGAGGAGUAUAGAGAGGGGGGAGUGAGAAAGAGGGGAAUAGAAAGAAAGAGGAAGAUGGGAAGAAAGUCAGGAGAGAGAGGGAUAGACCGACAAGAGGGUGAUGGAGAAAGAAACAGUGAUAGGAACAGUACGAGGGGGUAGAGAGAGAAAGAGGGGCACACAGAGAGGACAGAAAGAAAGGAAUUGAGAGAAGAGGGGGAGAGAGAAAGAGGGGAUGACAGACUGAGCAGUGGGCUCUACCAGACAGCUGAGCCAGCCCCAGCUCUUCCUCAUGUUCUGAAAACAAAGUCCUCAUAUUUGUGAAAAUGCAACAGUUGUGAUAGACAUAUUUUUGGAAAACAUUGAUUUGAAUUCUUUUAUAGGAUCAUUGUGUUCAAAAAAGAAAAUAAUCAUUGCUGAAUGUACUAAUUAUUUGUAUUAAUAGGGAAGCAGAAGAUCUUAGAUCUUUAAAAAUAGCAUUAAAUGAAAUCGUCAGGAGAAAAGCAAACAGUACUCUGUGCAGGCAAUAAUCACAGAAAUAAUCACAGAAUAAUAACUUACUUACUGUGGGACAUACAUACCAGUGGUAUGACAGUGAAUGAGUUUCCUUUUUAGCUGUUUAUUCAACCUGUUGUCUAUAAGAGAUCAGUCUUAGAGAAAAGACAUAUAAGACUAAGAUCUGCCACCCAGUUUGAAUGUAAAUCCAAUUAAGAUAUGGAAUCAUUUCUGCAUAUCUGACAAUUAAUAGUGUGUGUACAUGUCAAAGAACGGUUAAUGUAGUUCGUUAAUUAUACAUUGGCCCCAAGUGUUUUUUUGACAUUGUCAGAAGUUUUGGACUUCUCUGAACAGCAGUAAUCUGAAAACGGUGGACGAAUGUAGUUUACCUAGCAGAUCGCUUUACUCUACAAAUAACACUAACAGCAGACAUGCAUUUCAGUACCGCGCAUACAACAUACAAAUAAUAUGUUGGUUCCUUCCAUAACUUUAGCAUUCUUGACCAUGCCUGAAUUGAAAAGAUUGUUCAGUAAUGUCAAGAACUGCACUGAAUACGUCAGCACUCUGUUCUCUUUGUUAAAUGCCUCAAACCUAAUAGACUACUGCCCUCUAGUGAGGAGGAGUUGUAAAAGCACAGGUUUUAUUUGUUGGUUCCAAAGUUGAUGCGUUUCUUCAUUCUGGAAAUUAAAAUGGAGCAUAGCGCAUAUGAUUCCACAGAAGAGGGUGGAGCUGUUCUUAGAAACCUGGUCCACACUGAUGGGCUUCAUGCUAAUGACUGCAUUUGUGUUUUGCUGUGUUUGAUAAAUGCUGAAGUAAGCUUGUGUAUGAAUGAAUUGAUUUUAAAUUGUACACCUUUUUUGGAAAUACAACCAAGAGAAAAAAAUGUAAUAAACUGGGCAUAUGGGUGGUUAUUAUUUUGCAGGUUUCCCUGGAGUCUGGCUCAGAUAUUCCAUCUUUUAUAUACAUGUAAACUGAUAAUGAAUUAGACACAAUAUGCAGAGUUUUACAGUAUAUUGAAUUAAUUCUAACACUGUCAGGCCUGUCAGUCUACAGUGAAUGGCCGGUGUUCUCUGUACAGACUCAGUCAAACAGAGCUUGGUUGCAGUUAGCCUGUUAUCCAUCGGUAUGAGCACACAUUGUGGGAUAUUCAGUUAUAUUCCCCACUAUAAAAGAUCACACUGCAAGGUACUUAACACAAAAAACUCCCAAAGCAUCACUGAAAAUGAAUCAUUUAAUUUUAUUCAAAUGCAUUUGUUAAGAAGUGGACAGAAGCACCUCCUCCCAGAUUACUGCUAUGAAGCUACACCCCAGCACACCAGCACUCUAGAAACUUCUGAAGCACUUCCUCGUCCGCAGAGAGUGUAAAGUCUGACCGCCUGUGCUGCUCCUUUGCCAGUUCCAAAUGCAGGAUAUAAAAGUGGUUUACAUGACGUUGUUUAAACUCCUUUUGCUCUGACUGUAUGAACAUAAAAUGUCACAAACUAACUCCCUCACAACAGGCAUGUUGUCACAGAAUCAUGUAGGAAUUCAGCAGAUCUGUCAGAUUGUCGUCGGAUUUCAGCUGAUGAAUGCUGGAAUGAGGAAUAUAAAUCAUCUGGAAGUUUCUUUCCUUGCAAAACACUAAUCUACUUUGAACUAAGCAAGCAUACUAUUGGAGGGAUUGCACAUAUUGCUAUGGAAACCAUGCAGAAAAGCUAUGCUUGUAAAAACUCAGUACUAAACUAAAGACCGUUAUCUGUUCUAUUGCUAUUCUAUAUGGCUGUAUUGUACCCGCAAAACUCUCUCUACUCCCCCAUGAAAACGUGAAGACGGUUUGCUCAGGUACGUUAGAAUAUAAAGCCCUUUAAGCUGAAGCACUGCUGGUUGCCUUGUCUUGUCUUUAGGCUCUGGGUCCACACCCUGAACCAAAUCCAAACCAGGGCUUCACAGAAUCACAGAAGAACUGAUUUUACCCCCUUCUCCUUCUCUCUUACACACACGGCCCUCUCUCUUACACACACCACUUCCUCCCUCUCUCUCUCUUUCUCUCUCUCCCACCAUCUCUCUCCCUUCCCUCCCUCUCUCUCCCCCCUCCCUCUC